UGUUUUCAGCUAAAACGCAAUCUCUUCUGUUCCUCUUUCCCUUCCAAUUUCGUCAUCAUAGGAAACAAACCCAAAGCCAGAACCAUUUUUGUGAACAUAAUUCUCCGGGAUUUUGGAGACCAAGUGUUCUUUUUUCUGCCUGUUUUUCAACUUGUUUUGGAAUUCUGUUUUGUUUUUCUUGUUGGGGAAAUUAAAGAUGAAGAAACAGAGAGAUGAGAUGGCAUGAAACAUGAUUAUGAUGGAGCAAGUUCCAGGGGCGUUGGGAACUAGCGCUAGCUUGGCUCUUCGUUUGGGACAAAUCAUUUUCUCCUCCGCUUCGCUCCUGUUCAUGUGUUUGGGUGUUGAAUUCUAUAGCUAUACUUCUUUCAGCUACCUGGUGACGGUCAUGGGCUUGGUAGCGCCAUGGAGCCUGUCGUUGGCAUUGGUCGAUGCGUAUUCUGUGUUUAUCAAAUGCUUACCACGACAACCGAGGGUACUGCUGAUCGUCAUCGUUGGAGACUGGGCCUUGUCGUUCCUCUCACUGGCCGCGGCCUGCUCAACUGCUAGCGUUACAAGCCUCUUGGCGAAUGCCGGCACGUCGUAUUGCCCGUCGAAGUUAUGUAGCUGGUUUCAGUUUUCUGCUGCGAUGGCAUUCUUGUCCUGGUUCCUAUCCUUUGCUUCAUCUCUCUUCAAUCUUUGGCUCCUUCCUUCUUUAUAGCACCUCACUACUUUCCAACCCAUUUUUCAUACGGGAAACCCAGUAUGCAAUUCUUGACAGUUUCUUAUAUGCUCAAAUCAUGAACUUGUACAUUUAUAUACAGCCAAAAGAAUCUUGAAUGAUCGGAUUGAAUUUCAAUAUGAAUGAUUAA